AUGAAUACAGAAGCUAUGGAUAGAGGAACCCAUGUUUCAAGGACUCGCACAGCACCUCUAUUCCGCGCCACUCAAAAAGCUGCAUACCCAAGUCUCAUUCCCUCAUCAUCGCCAGCCUUCAGCACGCCCGUUCAUCCUAUCCGAAGCUCCAAACCUCCAGAGCCAUCGAAGCCAUCAAUAUUGUCCAUACUUUUACCACCAGCUACUCUAAGACCUUUGGCUUUCCGCACAUUCACAAAGAAGCACAGUCUCACACUCACAUCGUCAGCGCUACAAGCGUUUGCCACCUUCAUAGGCAAGCAUUGCGGUUCAGGAUGGCGGGAGGAAGGUCUGGCAGAAAAAGUCUUGGACGAGGCUGCCAAAAGCUGGAAAAAGAAUGGUGGUGGUGUAAUUGUACCAGGCGAGGGAGACGAGUUGAAGAGCAUCCUGCGAAACAUGGAGCGCUCUAUGAGCGGGGGAAAGCCUUCCCAACAGGGGGGACCCAGCCGUCAAGGAAGCUUUGCGUUCGAAAAAACUGACGGAGAUACUACAGACUCAAAUUCAAGGCCUUGGGCAUGGAGUAGGGAGGACAGCGCAGCACGCCUUGGGAUGUCUGCUCUGGGCGUUGACGACGAUGGAGGUACCACCAGCUCCGAAGAUCCUAGACGGUGGCUGAAGAUCGUUGGAGCAUUCGAACAGCCAAGACUGACAUAUAAUGUCAACCAAAAGCACUUCGAAGCAGCCUCGACUGCGCCUUCGUUAUUGCCAGAUCCCUCACACAAGACCCAUCUUUUCCGCCAUCGUUACAAUCUCAUUUAUCAGCGGUUGCUGCGCAAUGAGUCUUUUCAAUCGUCGUCAGUGGCGUCUGCGCGCACAAGCUCCCUGCAACGGUUUUCGUCAACCAUAGCGACGACCCAGCAAGCGUAUAAAAUUACACCCAUUGCCAAUCUUCUGGGCCGCAGCGGUAGCAGUCACCUCCUGCUCGGACUGUUAACGAUAUCUCCUACCGGCGUGUUGACUAUAAAUGAUCUUACAGGGAGUAUCGCCGUUGACAUCCAACAUGCCAGGCCAGUCCCAGAGGAUGGCGCUUGGUUUACUCCCGGAAUGAUAGUGUUGGUGGACGGAGUGUAUGAGGAAGAAGGUUCAAGCACUGGACCUGGGCUAGACGGCAAUCGUGGAGUGGGUGGUACUGUUGGUGGAAAGUUCAUUGCCUUCUCUGUUGGGGGGCCACCCUGCGAACGCCGUGAGGUCACAGUUGGCGUCAGCGGUGCCGGUAAAGACGGCCAUACGAAUGCAGGAGGAGGCUUCGGCUGGGUUGACUUCCUCGGUGUUGGAAGCGAGAGAGCUGCUGGCUCAGCGAUGCGAAGAUUGGAAACACACGUACUGAAAAGAGCUUCAUCAGAAGAUCUAGCGGAGGGCAGGGCAAGAAUGGUGAUCUGCGGCGAGGUUGUGCUCGACAGUGCGAAAACACUGCAGGCGCUGAAACGAGUUCUCGGUUCAUACGCCGCGGAGCAAGCCGAUCAGACUCCGAUGGUCGUGGUGCUCAUGGGCAACUUCGUUCAAAAUGCGGUUAUGACAGGAGGUACUAGUGGUGGGAGUAUCGAAUAUAAGGAGUAUUUCGAUUCCCUCGCCGCGGCCGUUUCAGACUAUCCGACCAUGCUUCAAAACACCACCUUUGUAUUCGUGCCUGGAGACAACGACCCCUGGGCUUCUGCUUUCUCCGCUGGGGCUGCCACAGCACUCCCUAGGAACAGUGUGCCGGAUAUUUUCACUACCAGGAUCAAACGCGCAUUUGCCACAGCACGGAGUGAGGCAGAAAAAGCGACAGGCAAGAAGACGGAUGGAGAGGCCGUUUGGUCUACAAAUCCAACACGUUUGACUUUGUUUGGACCCGCGCAAGAAAUCGUCUUUUUCCGUGAUGACAUGUCUGGCAGACUUCGUCGCAAUGCAGUGAGAUUUCGGCCCCUUCAGGCGAAGACACAACCUGAGUCGAACAUUGUGCCAGAUCAAAUGGGGAAUGGAGACGCAACAACAAUGGAGGAAGGGCAGGAGUCGAGCGAGGGUACAGAAGUCGACAUUGCGGUUGAGACAGCAGAAUCUCACAUCCCGAUCUCUAAAACUAGAGAAUUCGCAAAAUCAAUAGUCUCAUCGGACCUACAAACAGCACGUAAGAUUGUGAAAACCAUACUAGACCAGGGAUACUUGUCACCAUUUCCACCCUCGGAUCGUCCUGUGCUGUGGGAUUAUGCAGGGGCAUUACAAUUGUACCCAUUACCUACGGCUUUGGUGCUAAUGGACCCAGAAGCGCCGCCAUUCGCAGUCACAUACGAAGGCUGCCAUGUCAUGAACCCUGGUCCACUUACCCUCAAUGGCAGAAAGGGAGUCGCUCAGUGGAUGGAAUAUGAUGCGAGAACGAGAAGAGGCAGGACGAGAGAGAUGAGAUUUUGA